GUCAGCACACGCGCCACCGAGACUCGACGGAGAUAGUGCUUAGAAGAUGUGGGCGCCCUUAGUGAUCGCCGCGGCUGCGUGGACCAUUGGCGCGGCGGCCGCGUCGAGCGGUGCUUUCUCGUGCCCGAACCUGGAGCUGUGCAGCUGCAUCGAGGAGCGUGUGGAUUGCGCAUGCCCGCGGGGAGACGAGGCGCUCGACCUGUUCGCGCUGUUCGAGCCGGACGUGGAGCACAUCAGCGUGAGGCACUGCGGAGUCGUGCUCGUGCCGCCGUACCUGGUGGCCACUCUGUCACUCGAGGAGUUCACGCUGAGUGACAUCGACCAGCUGGUGAUUCGCUCGAUGGCCUUCGAGAAGGUGUCCGGGGUGCGCACCAUGCGGCUUCGAGACGUGCGCAACCUCACUCUGGAGCACCUGGCUCUGCACGGCCUACGCGGCACCGAACUGCUGGAGAUGGACAACGUGACCAUGGCCGAGCUUCCGCCUGCAGCGUUGGCAGGAUUCACGGACGUCCAGCAGCUUGCCAUCCGCAAUUCGCGCCUGGGACAGGUCCACUCCAUGGCGCUGCUGUUUGCUAAGGGCAAAUCGUUCCGGCUCUCCAACACGCUCGUGGGCCAGGCGCAGAACGGUUCACUCGUGUUCGACUCGGUGAGCAAGGUCGAGGUGUCGAACUGCUCCUUCGUCAACGUGAGCGGGGCCCCCCUGUCGGCCACCAACGCCACCGAGGUCGUCAUUCGAGACUCCACGUUCACCGAGCUCCGAGAGCGCGGGAGCCUGCUCCUGCUGGGAGGCGCCAACGCGACGAACGUCAUCUUCGAGGACAAUCGAAUCGACCUGGCCGGCCCCGGAGCGCUGGCACACCUGUCUUCGGCGAAGAACGUCACGUUCGCCCGAAACGUCAUCCGGACGGUGAAAGAGGGCGCGCUGCCGUCAGGACCGGCCGUACAGUUCGCGAAUAACUCGUUUCUGUGCUCGUGCAACGCGUCGUGGCUGUGGAUGCGUAAAACUGGUGGCAGCGGCGGUGUCGUCUACGAAGGAUCCGCGGUGAUCAAUUCGAGCCUCUGCGUUGGUCCGCCUCCGCUGGACGGACUGAGGAUGAACGAAGUCGAGCCCGUGCCGGCAAACGGAACUUGCAGGCUGAUCAAGUCGUCGAGGCGCGAGAAGGUACUUGCACGGCUCAGCGGUCUGACGAGUGCAUCCCAGGAACCACUGCGGGCGUGUGGCGGUUGGACCAUUCUGGCUCUUCUCGUGGCACUCGUAGUACCGCACUGACGUACAAGACUGUUGGCAGAGGAUUAAUUUUGGCUUCAAGAGCAGCAGCCGAUGGCCGGCGUCGUGAUCGCCACUGGACUGUGAAGGCGCGCACCCGGUGGAACUGGGGAGAGUUGAGCAACGAGGCGCCCCGCAUGCGUGUACUGUGUAUGCACGGUCAUACAGGCGCUUCUUCGUCUUCAUUUGAAAACAUCAGAGUGAUGGCUCGAACUAACUUCCUCAGUCCAUUUUCUUUAAAGACUAUAUGCUUAUUUGGGACUGCAUAAAUACCUGUGUGUGUGUUUGUAGUUGUAAAGUAUGUGCCAUGCGCGUAACGACGUUUCAUCGCAUCACCUAUCAUCACACACAUAUUCUCAUGACCGGGAGUUGAAAUCCAGAGCAGCGCGCAAAUAAAUACCUUCAACAUAAAAUGACAAUGAGUCCUUCAUCGUUCAUGUAUAUGCUAUGGUAUGCGAUUCAAAAGCUAUAUUAGAGCUCUGAAGCGUCACAAAUCU